AUGCAAUCACUUUGGGAACCACCCACUUUGGGAACCACUGAUCUACUCCAUAGGGGUUACACCCACACCCCCGGAAGGACCUUCCUUCGAGGAUUCAACAUCUCUUGCUUUCCUUUCACAGCGCAGUGUUGCAUUGCGAUCUUUGUCGCCCUCCUCUUCACCCGCUUCUGGGUGAUCAGCAUGGUCUACGCCGCAUGGUGGGCCUUUGACUGGGACACGCCGAGGAAAGGCGGGAGGAGGAUCAAGUUCAUCCGGAACUGGAUCGCCUGGAGAUACAUGAAGAACUAUUUCCCCGUCACGCUGGUGAAGACGGUGGCAUUGGAUCCUACCAAGAACUACAUCUUCGGCUUCCAUCCCCAUGGGGUCCUGGUAGCUGGUGCCUUCAUCAACUUCUGCACCGAAGCGACAGGAUUUUCCCAGCUCUUUCCAGGACUGACCCCUUACAUGUUGAUGCUGAACAUCUGGUUCCGAAUCCCUUUCUUUCGUGACUACUUGAUGAGCGGAGGUUUAAUCCCAUCCGACAAGCACUCUGCUUCCUAUGUGCUAAGGAAGCCGGGCGGUGGGAACGCGCUGAUCAUUGCUGUCGGCGGAGCGCAAGAAGCCCUGGACGCACGGCCUGGCGCUUUCACGCUGCUGCUGGAAAACCGGAAGGGCUUUGUCCGGCUGGCUAUACAGCACGGCACCCCGCUUGUCCCCGUGUUUUCCUUCGGAGAGAACGAACUGUUCGAUCAAGUCGAAAACCCCAAGGGCUCCUGGCUGAGAUGGACCCAAGAACGCCUGCAGAAGGUCAUGGGCAUCUCCUUGCCUCUCUUCCAUGCCAGAGGGGUCUUCCAGUACAGCUUCGGGCUGCUUCCGUAUCGGCGGCCAAUCCACACCGUGGUUGGGAAACCCAUCAAGGUUGAGAAGAAGCACAACCCCAGCGAAGACGAAGUGGAUGACUUACACAAAACGUACAUGGAGGAACUCUGCAAGCUCUUUGAAGCGCACAAAUUGAAUUACAAUGUUCCAGAGGACAAGCACCUUUCCUUCAUAUGA